AGCAUCAUGAUGGAUUGGUGAGUCCCGAAUGGGAAAUAUUGGUUAUGUCUUUUCAUUUCCAUACGUCACACGAUGGCAGUUGCGUGAGCCGCCCCAUCCCCGAGAACCAAUCCCCCCUCGAAAAUUCGGCCAAAUCACAUUUCGCCCCGCAGAAAGACGCGCCCUCGGGUGGCUCGCGCGCAUCUCCGCGGCAGCAUCCGUCUCCGCUGAGUCCGACUUGCAAUUCGGCGUGCGUCCAAGGCGCCUAACCCUCCCCAGGGCGCAGCCCCCUUCCUGCUUGGCAUAAAAAAAAAAAAAAAAAAAAAAGUGCGCAACCGAGGCGGGAGCGGACUGCACACGCUCGUUGCAGCCAGUCAGCGCCUGGACCGGGAUCCGCGUCGCCGGGGAGAGACGUCAAGGGAUGGGCCAGCGGGGUCAAACUCUGAGCCGAACGGUAAAGCCCGUCACGUCACGUCCACUCCGCGACUGAACCGAGUCGACGCCGGACCGAGAACGGGAGCAGAGAGCCGCCGUCCAACCGUCGGGGCUUUUCAUCUGAAUGGAAACAUGGACGCCUUCCACGGAGGCUCUUUGACUCAACAUGUCCAGAAGCUAUGAGCCGGGCCACUCAGUAGGGAUGUUGGCGGCCGUGGAACACGGUCCCAUCCUGUGCAGCGACUCCAACAUCCUGUGCCUGUCCUGGAAGGGCCGCGUGCCCAAGAGCGAGAAGGACAAACCGGUGUGUCGCCGGCGCUACUACGAGGAGGGAUGGCUGGCCACGGGCAACGGGCGCGGCGUGGUGGGCGUCACCUUCACCUCCAGCCACUGCCGCAGGGACAGGAGCACCCCGCAGAGGAUCAACUUCAACCUGAGGGGCCACAACAGCGAGGUGGUUCUGGUGCGCUGGAACGAACCGUUCCAGAAGUUGGCCACGUGUGACAUGGAAGGAGGAAUUUUCGUGUGGAUUCAGUACGAGGGCAGAUGGUCGGUGGAGCUGGUCAACGACAGAGGAGCCCAAGUGAGCGACUUCACGUGGUCCCACGACGGCACGCAGGCGCUGAUCGCCUACCGCGACGGCUUCGUGCUGGUGGGCUCGGUCAGCGGGCAGCGCCACUGGUCCUCGGAGAUCAACCUGGAGAGCCAGAUCACGUGCGGCAUCUGGACGCCCGACGACCAGCAGGUCUUGUUCGGAACGGCCGACGGCCAGGUGAUCGUGAUGGACUGCCACGGCCGCAUGCUGGCGCACGUGCUGCUGCGCGAGUCCGACGGCAUCGUGGGCAUGUCCUGGAACUGCCCCGACUUCCUGGUGGAGAACAGCACGGAGAGCGACACCGACUCCGACGACAACUUCCUGCCUUUAGUGCGGCGAGUGAAGCCUUUGCUGACCGUCACCUUCCUGUCGGGAGAAAUCAGCUUGAUGAGCAACUACGACGACUUGUCCCCCGCCGUCAUUCGCUCGGGUUUGAAAGAUGUGGAGGCGCAGUGGUGCUCCCAGGGCGACCUCCUGGCCGUGGCCGGCUUGGAGCGACACGGGCUGGCCUCCGACGCCGGCGGGACCAGGAACGCUCUGGUUAAGUUCUACAACGUGCAAGGGGAGCACAUCUACACCCUGGAAACGCCGGCGCAGAGGCCCAUCACCACCAUCUGCUGGGGCCACCGAGACUCCCGGCUGUUCCUGGCGUGCGGGUCGGCCCUGUACGUGGUGCGCGUGGAGCACCGCGUGGCCAGCCUGCAGCUGCUGUGCCAACAGGGCAUCGCCAGCGCCCUGCGGGAGGAGAAGGACGUGGGCAAGCUCAACAUGCCCUCGCUGCUCUGCUCCUACGUCACCAGCGCCUUCAUCCCCACCAUCAAGCCCCCGAUCCCGGACCCCAACAACAUCCGAGACUUUGUCAGCUACCCCACGACGGGCAACGAGCGGCUGCACUGCACCAUGAAACGGGCGGAGGACAGCCCCGAGGCAGGCGGCCCGUGCUACACCCUCUACCUGGAGUACCUGGGGGGGCUGGUGCCCAUCCUGAAGGGCCGGCGCGUCAGCAAAUUGAGGCCCGAGUUUGUCAUCACCGAUCCCAAAACUGACAGCAAAGCAGAGGAGGUGUGCGUCAACCCCAUGAUCUCGUACGCCGACAGCUGCAACUGCUCCGACUCCAGCGACGUGGAGCUCAGUGACGAGUGGGGGGCCAAGAAGUCGCCCAAGUUCUCUCGGGGGAACAGGAUUAACUUGGAACCGCGCAAAUCUCCCAAACUGUCCCGAGCCCACCAGGAGGGCCAGCGGUCGCCGCGCUUGCCGUCCAAGAAGCCCACGGUUCGAUCCCCCAGCCUGACGCGUCGGGAGUUCUCUAUGGACGGACUCGCUGGGCACAAUUACCUGGCUCAGGUCACGUCCAACAUCUGGGGGACCAAGUUCAAAAUCGUGGGACUGGCCUCCUUUCUGCCCGCAAAUCUCGGAGCAGUCAUCUACAAGACGAGUUUGCUUCAUCUGCAACCGCGUCAGAUGACCAUUUACCUCCCGGAGGUGCGCAAGAUAUCGCAGGACUUCAUGAGCCUGCCCGUGUUCAACCCCAACGUCUUCAGCGAGGACGAGGAUGACUUGCCAGUGAUGGGCUCGUCGUCAGGAGACAACCCGCCCUGCACCGUCAACAUUCCCAUCGCGCCCAUCCACAGCCCGGCUCAGGCCAUGUCGCCCACUCAGAGCAUCGGCCUGGUCCAGUCCCUCCUGGCCAAUCAGAACAUUCAGCUUGACGUCCUCACCAACCCCACGACCAACGCGGCGGCGGCGUCCGUCUCCAUUCCUGUUUCCGACCACAGCCGGGACCCGCCUGUUCCGGCCAGAUACCCGAACCCAGGGCAGGCGAUCUUCAACGGGCUGGAAAUGGCUCCGCUUCUCCCUGGUACGCUGCCUCCUCCGCCGCCCCCUCACCAUCUCCCGCCCCAGCCGCCUCGGCAGCAGCACCAGCAGCAGUCCAGGCAGCAGCCGCAGACGUCGCAGCAACUCCAUCACCUUCAGCAGGUGCACCACCAGCGGUCUCCGCAUCAGCAGCGGCACCAGGUCCAGCAGCACCAGCAGAUGCCGCAGAAUCCGCCAGCGGUGGCCGGGGGCCACCAGUUCCAGCAGCAGCAGCAGAUCCAGCAGCAGCAGCAGCAAAUGCAGAUGCAACACGAGCAAAUGCAACAGCAGCAGCAGCAGAUGCAGCAACAGCAGCAGCAGAUCCGCCAGCAGAUUCAGGAGAUGCGGCAGCAGCAGCAGCAGCUCCAGCAGCAGCACCAACAGAUCCAACAGCAGCACCAGCAAAUGCAGAGGCAGCACCAGCAGAUGCAGCAGCAGCUGAAGAUGCAGAUGACGCUUCCUCCCGCCCCCACCGGAUACCCCACCGUCUCCCUCCAGCAGAUCCAUCUCCUGCCUCCGCUUCCUCCACCACCGACCGGCGAGCCCGGACUGGAUCGAGAUCACGCGUUGAAGCCGAGCCUGCCCCGGACAUUACCCCCUUCCUUUAUCACCAGAGACGGCGGAUCUGUGGAGAUUCAGGCGAGGAAGGUGAAUCCUCCUCCUCCCUACCCGGGUACGGUGGCAUCUACGGCAGCCGCGGCAGAGGCGCCGAUCCAAACUCUGGUCACAAACUGCGACAGCCCGAGCAUCCUGGCUCCGGACGCCUGCCUGAAGAAAGAUGACUUUUUGCUUCAGCCUGUGACCAUACAGUACCCGACACCUCUCGGCUACGAAAGGAUCACGACUUUCGACAGCAGCGGUAACGUGGAGGAAGUAUGUCGCCCCCGAAGGCGCCUCAUCCGGAACCAAAAUGCCUACGGUGGCCUCGGCUCGGCCACGCUGAAGGUCACUUCCUCCGAGAAUAAAAAGAUUCAUCUUCCCUACAGCUCGGCGACACUCAGCCGUCUGUCCGUCCCUCGGUAUUCCAUUCCCAGCGGGGACCCUCCCCCUUACCCCGAUCCGGCCAAUCAAGUCCCGGUCACCCUCGCUCCUCCGCCACCGAGAAUGGAAAGCAGCCUCAUUCACGCCACUCUGCGCCGCGACCCCCGCGACGUGAUGCUCAAAGUGCCCACUAUGAUGGACGCCUCCAGGACGCUCCCUACCAAGGCCAAGAUGAACAGCGCGGUGGGUUUGACCUACCAGCAGAGGGUGCCCACGGCGCUGUACACGUGCACGCAGUGCAGCAGCAACAGCAGCAGCACCAGUGUCAGCGUUAGCGGCGGCGGGACAUCGAGCAGCGGCAUCGCGGGCGGCACUGUGGUCAGGCAGGACUUCCCCCCGGAGAAAGGAAUACACCACAGCACAAUCAUUGUGCACUCCAAAAGCCCCUCGCAGUCACCUUACAGCCUCCUGGGUUCCACGGACACCCGCCGGGAUAGAACCGUGUACGUCAACUCCGCCUUCACCGAAGACGAGACUCUGAGCAAGCACUGUCACUUGGACAAAUCCGUCCAUCAGAUGACCCUCGGUGACGUCGGCCUCACGGCGAAGCGCCCGCCCCCUUAUCAGUGGGACACCUCCACCGCAGAGGAAUUCUGGCUUGCCCCGGAGCAAACGAUGCUGGCCCCCCCGCCGCCGCCGCCGCCGCCUCACAAGCCCCCUCCUCUCAUUCUCGGCCAGACGCAGCACUUGGACGUGACCCGUCUACCGUUCGUCCUCACAAAUAAGCCGCCGUCCAAUCCCAGCACAAGCACCCUCGGAUUCCCGUCGGCCUACCAAAUAUCCCUCACUCCCUUCCCUCCCGCUGUAAGCCACAGUAGACCCCCCAUGCAGAGCUUACAGAACCCCCCACCCCAGUGUGCUCCAAGCAAUGUGGUUCUCCCUGUCCAAUUUGCUCAGCAGGACUCCAAUUUGGUUUUACCGACAGGGUACUCCACAAGCUUAGCUAACUUGACAUGCUGCACCCUGCCACCGAUGUACCCAGGGGCCAGCUCCUGCGCCGGACUUCAGCUGCACCCUGUAAACCUUCACCCCUGGAAUCCCUACCCCUGCCCGCCACCCAUGCAGGACCCCCCUGCACCUCCCCUCCCAACCAAAACCCAUCAAAUAUUAGAGAAGCCCGUUCUCUCGCCUCCCCCUCCGACCGCGCCACCUCCGCCGCCCCCUCUGCCUCCGCCACCGCCGCCCACCGAGCUACCCGCAUCUAAAUGCCCCGCCGAGGAUCUCGCGGAGUCUGGCAACAGCUUUCCGGAGCCGUCUUCCCUCAAUGAAAGUCCCGUGCCGCAGGAGUCGGACCGCUUUAACAAAAAAAGCCGCAAGAGACUGGACAGCCGAGCCGAGGAGACCAACAUGUCAUCGGUGUCCAGAAAGGAUGGUCGCACACUGUCCGAUUUCAACUCUCUGAUUGCCAGCCCGCGACUGGGCAGCAGAGAGAAGAAGAAACCGAAGGGACCCCGGGAGCAGCUCAACAGGACGAAAAAGAUAAGCCGAGCCGCCACCGAGUUCCAGGACAGCUCGGAGAGCGAGCCAGAGCUUUUUAUCAGCGGCGACGAGCUGAUGAACCAGAACCAGAGCGGCAAGAAGAGUUGGAAGAACAAGCGCAGCCUUCGCAUGGCCAGCGAGCUGGAGGAGAUGAAGUGCCGCAAGGCUCACGAACGGGAGGACCGCAGUUUGGGCAGCCAGGGCUUCGUCUACGUCAUGGCUAACAAGCAGCCUCUGUGGAACGAAGCGACCCAGGUCUACCAGCUGGACUUCGGAGGAAGGGUCACGCAGGAGUCUGCAAAGAACUUCCAGAUCGAGCUGGACGGCCGACAGGUGAUGCAGUUCGGACGCAUCGACGGGAACGCCUACAUCCUGGAUUUCCAGUAUCCCUUCUCGGCGGUGCAGGCGUUCGCCGUGGCCUUGGCCAACGUGACUCAACGGCUGAAGUGAAAUUGGUUCUGCUCGGUUCAACAGUUUCAACGGCGCUAGCUAACAUGUUCUUCUGGUAUCUCUUGCUUUUCGGUGGAGUCGGCGUCCGUUUAUCACCAUUUCAAAUCGUGAGCACUUUGUCCCGGUAUGAUGAAUGUUUGAAAUAUUCUAUUAAAACAAUCCUCCCACGAAUAAGCUACUAGAUGCACCUUCUGCACAGAAUUCGAAAGAUUUUUUGUACUGUAGUUUUGCAAACUACAGGCAGAGGAUAACAAUUUCCCAACUGAGAUGCAUUGAUGCUAUUUGGGAUAUCUUUUGAAAGAAAAUAUGAAGUUUUACCAAGAUAGCAAAUAUGAAAAGGAGAUUUAUUUCCAUGUAACUAUUGUCCACGUACUAUGACGAAUGUAUGACCGAGUAUGAGAGUCUAUUUUUCUAUGAGGUGCUGCGUACAUUGUUAAUCUGAACAAAAUUGUAGGACGAUUACCCCAAAACUCGCUCAGCAGUUGUUGUUUUUUUUUUUUUUUUUAAAUGCCCCCUGAAAUUAGUUUCACCAAUCGACGCGAAAUUUGGUGGCUCCGUCGACCGUAACAGGACACGGGAAAAACUCUCGAGGACUCGAGCCUGAAAGCGAACAAGAAGAAACCAAAAAGUGUGCAGAUUGCAGGUCUGUACCAUGUUCAAAACAGGGUGGAAAAGCACACGGCGGUACUGCAGUACGACUACCAGUAGACACGACAUUGGGUGGCUGGUACGGAAGUCAAUUAGUGCCACCGGGAUUUGAAUGCGAAAUGUAAAGUGAGCACAUUUUCAAUAGUCGCUACAAUUCGGUGUCUAGAAUUGACCGUCUGCGCCACCAGGCAGGGUUACUUCAGGUCAGGACCGGACACCCAGCCAACGACAGUUACGGUUUCUUAGUCACAUGGUGUCACAUACCAAGAAAGCGUAACUGGAUCGACUGGCUGUUCGGUUCUGACCUGAAGUAACCCCGGCAGGUGGCACGGACGGUCAAUUUUAGACACCGAAUUGUAGCGACUAUUGAAAAUGUGCUCACUACAUUUCAAAUUCAAAUCCCCGGUGGCACAUUAUUUCAUUCCAUACCCUGGCGACGACCUCAAGUAGUGCAAAAUCAGGUUUUUCUGCUAAUAAUCAAGGUCAAGUCCGAAUCAAAUUGUCCACCAGCAAAACAAAACAACACACGUUUGUCUGCAUAACACAGCGAAGGCGACUCGUCGUGACUUUAUUUGAAUAUCCCCCCGUAGCGAAUGUGAUCUGUUCGGCUAAUAAUUCCGAUAAAGCAACAACAACAAGCAAAAACCCCGGAAAUCCAAACAAAGCACAUUGCGUUCACUUGAGACGAAGGUUACUUUGCGUAAACGCUGACAAUUUCCGAUGAUCAUUUCAGCGACUAAAAUUCGGUCGGGCCUGCGACAUCUCGUUGAAAUCGAGGUCGGCGCCAUUUCGGGAUCGCGCGACUUGUAACGUUCUCGUACGACGCGAGGGAGGCGAAGGUGGGACAAUGUUCGGCCGAGGGUGGGCCGGGAUGCGAAAAGAAAACCCGAUUUGCAGUUUUUUCAGGUCGUCGGCAGGGGGUGGAAGUAAAUGUGUGCCGCCGGGAUUUGAAUUUGAAAUGUAAAGUGAGCACAUUUUCAAUUGUCGCUACAAUUCGGUGUCUAGAAUUGACCGUCUGCGCCACCAGGCAGGGUUACUUCAGGUCAGGACCGGACACCCGGCCAAUCGCAGUGACCCUGUCUUAGUCACGUGACGUCACAUACUAAGAAAGCGGAACUGCCCGGUCGAAUUUCAGACAGCGAAUUGGAGCCAGUUGAAUUGCUAACCUUGAAAUACAAGUAUUGAAAAUGUGAUCAAUUAACAUUUUAAAUUAAAAUCCUAGUGGCACAAAUUUACUCCCACAGGGCGGAUGCGUCCAUCAUUGCAGGACCCCCCCAAUAAAAUACGGCUCAAGGACCCGCGCCUGAAACAAAACGAGAAGUCGGCCAUUUUAGUUCAAAGCAAAUAAUCUGAGGUGAAUUUUGUUUUUUUUUUCCUCUCCACCUGGAAAGUUUUAUCAUCGUCGUUCCCGGAGCUGUCAUUUUAAUGGUUGUCAAAGCUUCGUGCGUAUUAAAAAAAAAAAAAAAAGAAAGGGUGUAAAACCAAGGAGUGACUUUGUGGUUUUUUUGGUCACUUUUGGCUCGUGACGCUGCUUGAAAUUUGUGCUCGACUCUUCUCUGAAUGUGUCAGUCAGUGCUAAUUGUGUGCUAGCAACUGCAAAGUAAGAUCACAAACUGCUGCUUACACCGUAUUAUUUUCAUUUUAUUUUUGUUAUUUCAGUACAGUGUCCCCACGCUGUUUGUGGGUGUCGGCACAACGCCCUGCCGGAAAUCGUGAAAAGCUGCCAUCAAUGGCCUCCCCAAAAAAAAAAAAAAAAAAAAAAAAUGCCACAGGCUUGCGCAAAGCACUUUUUCCCCCCCCUUUGCUAUCAAACAAGGCAAAAAAAAAAAAAAUGUAAUCAAUCAUUAAAUGGGCGAAUCGUCAAUUUACGGAGGAAGGCUGUACAGUUCAUACGCAUCGAAAAAUGAAAAGGCCACCAAGAUGUGAGCAUGGAAACAUUACAACAGCUUUCAAAAUGAAAUAGUCGCACAUUUUGAAUCUUAAAUCUUAGAUCGGUGCUAAUGUACAAAGAAAACGACGCUUAUUAUUUCAAAAGAUUUGCUGCUUUAUGGUUUUCCGUGCGUGUGUCAGUGAUCGGCAAUAUCGCUUUAUGAUAUAUUGUUGUUAAGUUUUGAAGCAGAAAAAAACAAAACAAAUGUGAGAUGUGACCGUGAGGUUGAUCGAUUGGCUGGGCAAAAUACAUCAAUAAAAUCAAUUUAUUCCAAACUUUUUGCAUUCCGCUUUUGUUUGACUUCAUAACCAAAAUUUCAUUUGUGAGGGGAGAAAGAAAGAAAAUAGAAAAGGGGUAAUUACCACACAGUUACUUGCAGAUGGAGGAAGUCAUGACUAAAAAAUUGCUUUUCAAUUUAAAUGGUUUUAAUUAAUUCAAUUUUCAUGUUUUUUUUUUUUGGUGCAAUUUUUACAA